AUCUAAGCGGCCAAGAGGAGAUAUUUGAACCAAUAUAGGCGAUAGGUGAUAUUGUUUUGCUUCUUCACUUAGUUCAAGAUUUUACGAAAAUAGAUCAACGGCUGAUAGGAGACAUAUAAUGUGACUGAGACAAUACUGAUUUGCUUCUUCGUUUUAUUCAAUUCAUUUUUGCUAGUUAAUUUUUUUACAAUGAAGGACUCGGAUUCGGUGAUGGAGAGUACAAUGUUAAGUUCCAAUAGUAUUGACCUCACCAUUAAGCCACUUGACAAAAAUAAAGAGGAAACUUAUAAAGAGGUGACACAAAAUGAGAUAUGUGAAGAACAUAACGGAAGCAAAAAGCAAAAGGAGCUAGAUGAAUCUUUCGAGGAAGUAAUACCUCAAAAUCAACAACAAGAAGACGACAACAAUGGUGAGUUUGAGCUCAAUAUUGUCACAAGUAAAGAUAGUCUCUCGGAUAAUGUAGAUGAUACUCUAAGGGAAAAUAACAUUGAUGGUGGCUCAAAACUUCCCGUAAGUGAAGAAAAAGGUGAAAACUACUACCGCUUGAAACAAGGGAUACCAAGGAGCACAAAAUUCUGUUCCAUUAUUAACAUUUACAAGCGUACGAAUAGGCUCUCAUCACCUGAAGUUGAAUAUAAUUGGAGUCGCCCAAGUACUCUAGAGAACAAAAAAUCUAAAGUACAUAAAGAAGGCAAAACAGGAAAAGAUCAAGAGGGAACUUUGGAGGAGACACUCCCUGAUAAACAAAAGCAAAAAGGUAUCCAUGGUGAGUUUGAGAGCCUUGGUGAAGAUAGUCUGGCGAAUAAUUCUAAGCAUAGAUUAAUGGACAAUAACGCUGAUAAUACAGAUGACAAAAUAGAUGAAGACUGCCAUGUAAAUGAGGGAAUACCAAAGAAUACGAAAUCUAAUUCCCUUUUUAUCCUCGCAAAGGCCGCGAUUUCUGAAGAUCACAACGAAAGCAACACGAGAAAUGAUCAAAAAGAUGUUUUUAAGGAGGAACUACAUGAACAACAAGAAGAAGACAUCAAUGUUGAGUCUGAGGUCAACAAAGUCACAUGUGAAGAUAGCCUCCCGGAUAAUACUGUUUGUAUUUUAAAUGACAAUAACACCAAUUAUGGCUCGAAACUUUUGACAAGAGACGAAAGAGAUGGAAAUUACUAUGUCACACAAGGAAUCCCGAGAAGUAAAAAAUUUGGUUCCAUCAUUAACCUCUAUGAGUGUACUAGCAGACUCUCGGCAGUUGAAGAUGAAUAUAAUUGGAAUCUUCCAACUGAGGAAGAUCCAAAUAUGAUCCUCUCGACAAAAGAAGAUUCAAGUAUCACAACAAAUAAAAAGAAUGUUGGUUGUAAGAGAAAAUGGAGAGCAAACCAAAAGGGCAACGGAGAAAAGGAGGCUACAACUUCUUCCACCUAGCUCCAAGAUUGUAUUUUAAUCAUCUUUUUGAAUAUUUAAUAGUAUCAAUUCAUUUACAAUAUUAAAUAUAAUUCGCC